CUCUCUUUACUAAUCAUAGUACGGUACAGUGUGUUUGAAGGGUGUAUGAGAUCAUAAUCAUGAUGUACGCCGCGUUAUACAGAAGUGCGGUUUGACCGCUCCUUCCUCUAGAUCUGUGUUGCUGUCUCUUGAUCUGGUCGAUUUUGAAAUAAUUUGAUUGAGGUUGACAAAGGUGUUUGCUUCAGGCUGUUGCGUAAAUAGUGUCCACUGGUGACGGCCAAAAGUGUUCAGCGUUGAGUGGUUGUAACCUGAUUACUCACAUGUGAAAAUUUCUCACGCUUUAAUAGGAAAUACCAUAAUUUAGCAAACACAACUCGACAGUGUUUCCUUUGUCGUUCCUGUACUGUUUGUGAAGUGAAAGCGUAACUAAAGUAAAGACGUGCACACAAAUUUAGUUAUCUGUACACACUUCUAAAACGGUCGGUAAAUUAAUCAUGCUGUUAUAUAAGGUGUACAGUAAACACUGCACAACUGUACAUGGCAUUCAGACGUCAUUUCCCUGUUGCUGAGGCUUUUGUUUUCUACCAGUGCCCUAAAUUUGAUUUACAUUCCAAAGUAAUUCUACACCAAACUCUGGCCCAUAACUUAAUUAUCUAUGAUUAUUGUGCUUUAAAAAGAAAGAAAAAGAGUAUUCCACCCGGGUGAUGAUGGUGAGGUGACAGAUGACAGUGCAAUGGGACAGAUCAUGGGAAACAAGAAUGGACCGUACAACCAUGUCGACAACGGAAAACGAGUCGUCACGCCGAACCUCGGAACACAGGAGACAGAUGACAGGGCUAGCUACCUCAACUAUCCUGGGAACAAGAUCCAGACCACUAAGUACACAAUCCUGUCCUUUCUGCCCAAGAACCUGUUUGAGCAGUUCCACCGUCUGGCCAAUUGUUACUUCCUCUUCAUCGUUCUCCUCAACUUUGUACCACAGGUACAAGCAUUUGGGAAAGAGGUGGCCAUGUUGCCUGUCCUUUUUGUCCUGCUCGUCACGGCCAUUAAGGAUAUCUAUGAAGACUACCGGCGCUAUCGGAUGGACAAAGAGGUCAACAACAGGAUAUGCAGAGUCUACAACAGAGCAGAGAGACAGUUCAAGGGCUGUAUGUGGGAGGAAGUCAGGGUGGGUGACGUCGUCCAUGUGGGCUGUAAUGAGAUGAUCCCAGCUGACCUGGUCCUGCUGAAGAGCAGUGACAAGACAGGUGUGUGCCAUUUAGAGACAGCUAACCUGGAUGGGGAGACCAACCUGAAGACCAGAGAAACAGCACUCCCACUGCAGGAGGCGCCAUCCUGGGAGGACGGGGCAUAUUUCUGGAUUGAGUGUGGACGGCCAAGCAGUGAUGUGUACAAGUUUAAUGGCAGGAUAAAACAUCACAAGACAGUGCUUCCUCUGUCCAAGGCCCAGCUGCUCCAAAGAGGCUGUGUGUUGAGGAACACUGACUUCAUUGAAGGAAUAGUGGUGUAUGCUGGCCCUGACACCAAGGCCAUGCUGAACAACAGUGGCCCACGGUACAAGCGGAGUAAGCUAGAACGUCACAUGAACAUCGACGUCGCAUUCUGUGCUGUCAUCCUGGUCAUCAUGUGUGCGGCAGGGGGCAUUGGCAAUGGUUUGUGGAUCAACUGGUACCCUCAGGACAGUGCCCAGAUCUUCAUUCCUCCCAUCGAGGGGCAGCAGGAAGGGCUGAACCCAGCACUGGAUGGUUUCAUCCGCUUUUGGAUGUACAUCAUCAUCUUCCAGGUGAUCAUCCCACUGUCUUUGUACGUCUCCAUUGAAGUGAUCAAGAUGGGACAAGUGUGGUUUAUCCACCAGGACAUACACCUGUAUGACUACUCCUCAGGCACGUCGCUGCAGUGUCGCGCCCUGAACAUCACGGAGGACCUGGGUCAGAUCCAGUACGUGUUCUCAGACAAGACAGGCACGCUGACGGAGAACAUGAUGGUUUUCCGCAGGUGCACAGUUGGAGGGAAAGAUUACGCACACACCAUCAAAGUGGUUACGGUGUUGGAGCAUUUACAUGUACAUAGCUCAACCUCCUGUACAGAACCUACUGUUCACACAGACUGUCAUUUGUGCUUUCCAUCAGAUGAGAUGAAGGGAGAGGAGGCACUCCGUAAAAGUGUCAUCCAUAUCCCUGGAGCAACAACCCAGGCCUUCGUCAUGGACCAUCCGAUGCUGCCUGAGCCAAAUUCUAUCCUCCAAGAAGUUGUAGAGUCUGUAUACACUGAAGCACCUCCUGGUGGAGAGCAGGGCAACUGCAGUGAACUGGAAGAGUUUUUCAUGGUGCUUUGUGUCUGCAAUACUGUCAUGGUCACUACAGGGCAUCAUGACCCACAGGAAUCCAAUGGCCAGCCCCCAAUAGGUGCUGCCAGUGGGGCCAGAUGGGAUGUUUCUGGGGACAACAUUGCCUUUGAACCUGAGACAGACAGCACUGGCAGUGUACCCCAAACAGCACCCAUCCAGUACGAGUCAGAGAGUCCAGAUGAGGCUGCCUUGGUGUACGCUGCAGCAGCGUAUGGCUACACCUUACUAGAGCGCACACCGAGAAGUGUGAGAAUCCGUAAACCAGACAAAAGCGAGAUCACCCUCACAAUCCUGAACAUCCUCCAUUUCGACUCCACGCGGAAGCGGAUGUCUGUGAUUGUGAAGUAUCCUGAGAAGAGUGAGAUGGUGUUGUACUGCAAGGGAGCAGAUGAAGCCAUUUUCUCCCAACUAGAUGCCAAUGCUGAAGGAGAUCAAGAGAAACAGCUUACAGUGGAGGGACAUCUACUGAACUACUCUCAGGAGGGCCUCAGGACUCUCUGUAUGGCCAGAAAGGUUAUGACUGAGGCAGAGUAUCUGACUUGGCAAAAAGAGUACACCAAAGCUGCACAGCAUUUGGAGGCUCGCGAUGAGAUGGUUUACAUGUGUGCUUGCAAGCUGGAGCAGGGUCUCACGCUGCUUGGUGCCACAGGUGUGGAGGACAGACUACAGGAGGGUGUACCUGAUACCAUUGCUGCACUCCGUCGGGCUGGGCUGGCUGUAUGGAUGCUUACGGGAGACAAACAAGAAACAGCCAUCAACAUCGGCUACUCCUGUCACCUGUUACAGAAGGGAGACAACGUCAUCAAGUUCAACUGUCAUGACGCAAAGCUGAUAGACCAGCAGCUGAAAGAGAUUUGUCUCCAACUGGGCACCUGUGGCUGUCCGCAGUGCCGUCCGGAAACAGCUUCCUACAUGGAGAAACUGCACAGCUCCUGCUGCAGAUGUGGUCAUGCAGUGGAAGCUUCAAAUACUUGCAUCAAGGAGCAGAGAAAUGGUGCCAGUGAUGCCAGUUUUGGCUCGGAGAGUGAAGGAAUGUACGGUUCAUCACUAGACAUAGGCAAGAGAAUACGAAGAGUAGUUCCAGCAGCAUGGAUUGAACCUGAUUCAGACGUAAGACAUAAGCAACCUAAACACAACCCAGUCAGAACAACUAAGGCCCUCCAAGGAAAUGCCUCGUCAGGGGAUCCAUGUCUCGUUGUGGACGGACGAACGCUUGCCCUGCUUCUCGAGGAGCAGAGAGCUGAUUGGUUGCUGGCAGUGGCGCGGGAAUGCAAGGCUGUCAUUUGCUGUCGUGCCACGCCUCUGCAGAAGGCCAACAUGCUGAGACUAGUCAGAGAAAAACUAAACGUGAUGACGCUGGCGGUCGGUGACGGUGCCAAUGACGUGAGCAUGCUGCAGGCAGCAGACAUCGGGGUGGGCAUCAUGGGACAGGAGGGCAUGCAGGCCGUCAUGGCCAGCGACUUCUCCACACCGCGCUUCUCCUUUCUACGCAGACUGCUGUUGGUGCACGGGCACUGGUGCUACUACAGGCUGGCAACUGUAGUGGCUUACUUCUUCUACAAAAAUGCUGCGUUUGUGUUUAUCCUAUUCUGGUACCAGCUGCUGAAUGGUUUCUCAGGCUCCGCACCAGGAGACCAGUACUACCUCCUCUUCUUCAACAUCCUCUUCACAUCAGCCCCACAGAUAGUGGUAGGUAUACUGGACCAGAAUCUCCCUGAUGAUGCCCUGAGCAGCUUCCCUGAGCUGUAUGCUGUGGGGAGGGAGAGCCGCACCUAUCGCAGGGAACACUUCUGGUGGAACAUAUGUGACGCCCUCUACCAGAGUGCUGUCAUGUUCUUCAUUCCAUUCGGGGCGUACAUGGAUAGCGAUGUGGGGAUCUGGGAGUUUGGAAUGACCGUGAUGGGUGUUGCACUUGUGGUCACUCUGGCCCAUCUGGCCAUACAGAUCAAACGUUGGACAUACCCUCAUGUGCUGAUAAUGCUGGCGAGCCUACUGCUGUAUCUGGUCUUCAGUCUGGCUUACUCUGCAAGCUGUGUCACCUGUAACCCCAUGGGGAACCCCUACUGGCUGUUCCAACACACCAUCAGCACCCCUGAGCACUGGCUACUGUUGAUUUUGACCACUGUUGUAGCCCUGUUUCCAAGAUUCCUAGUUCAGUAUAUUCAGAGUGUCGUCUUCCCAACAAGAGUUGAACGGGCACGUCUGUACAGGAAGCAGCUACAUGGGGACGAGCGCAGCAGUACUUCCACAGCAACCUCUUUUGUUAUAAGUUAAGGAAAUUUCAAGUUUGAUGGUUUACCUUGCAAAGAGACAAAUGAAUAAGUGUUCUUUGCUGUGCGUAAACUGCGACUUUUACUAACAGACAAUAUAUUUUGUUUCACAUGUUUGUCACACUUUGGAUAAAAAGACAUACAUAAGGUUUUUUAGAUAGCUCUAUUUUAUACCACAAAUGUUUAUGAAAUUACUGGGACAGAGUGGCCAAUAUGUACAUUCAGGUUUUGGCCUGUUGUCUACACACCAAAGUGGAAAGAUGGCCAACAUAGUUGCAAUUUCAUGUAGAAAAUACAUGUAGUCAGAUGUUGGUUUAUGUUAGUGUGGACAAAACCUGCAAAGCUUUUUUUGGAUACCUGCAAUAUUAGUGGCUUCUCAAAAAGAUGCAAUACAAGGAAUGCUGCAAGUUUUGACAAAAACUAGAACAGGAAGGAUUGUGUGUUUGUAUAGUAAUAAUGCACAGUUUUGUUGUUGUUGUUUUGUUUCAUUGUAUGUUUUGUUUCAGUGUGUUUUCUUUAUUGUGUGUUAACGUUGUCCACCAAUCUAUAUCUGUACAUGUGAUGCUUCACUACUGAAAACUGUUCUCAGGGUUUUGCUGCUAAAUUUAGUUACUAUCAUUGUACAUGUGCAACAGUAACUUAUAACUCUGUAGCUACCAUACUACUUGUAGAAAACACUUUCCCAUAGAGCAAUAAUUCCGUAUGCUGCUAUAAGACGGAAGCCAUGUGUGCAAUGUACAAAAAUGUACAUGUAGUUGCGUAACAAAUUAACUAAGGGGACAAUGAAUUUGAUCAGUGAAAGUGCACCUUUCUCAGUUCAGCACAUUCUGAAAGUUGCCAAAGGGCAACAUUGUUUUGUCUUGUUCAAGCUGUUGCCAUGAAAUUAGAAUGCCUCGCCUGACAUUAGCACUACUGUUCUACAAGUUGUCUUCAUUGUUCUCCAUGCUCAUGUUGUUAAGAAGCCAGCCUUCCUUCUGUUAGCUGCACCAAUCUGUUAGAAGUUACCAUGACACUAGUGUGAAUGCUCUCAAUGCCAUGAUGUGACCACUCAAGCGACAUGAAGAAUAUUGUCACAAUGUAGACAGAAUUCUUCAAGCUUGGGUCAAUGAGAAAAAUAAUCGAAGGGGCUGCCAAAAGUUAGCCACAAUGGCCAGGUGGUCCUUAUUGCAGAGGCAGUCCACUCCCUCGUACAAGUUUGACUACAUAAGUGUAGAGUCUGAUUUCAGCAUUGAUGUUCUACACAUUGCCAUAACAAAACACAUCAACACUCACUAACACUUGUUGCCAUGACAACAGAGUUGUCCACUUGUUGCCAUGACAACAGAGUUGUCCACAUGUUGCCAUGACACCAUUGUUCUCCACACUUUACUAUACGACACCAGAGUUGUCUUGUGGGUUUGAACGGUAACAAUACUUGUAUUUCUAGUUCAGCAGAUAUUACAGUUAUAACCUUUGAUAUGAAAAGAUUAUAGUGAUGUAGUGAUGAUUCAGUGUCUUAUACAGACUAUAGAAACUGUUGAAAUGGCAAUAGUUCUUCUACAUGUAUAUAAACAAACAAAUACAGAGUUGUGCCUUUGUACUUCACUUGAGGUACCCAAUGUUUACAGUGAAGCUAUUUUUCCCGAGGCAUGUAAAAUGUAUGCACAUGUAUGACACCAAUGCAAUCUUUUAAGAUUAAGUUGCACAAUAUCUGAUGGUUUUUAUUUGCACCAGUUCAUUUAUACAUGUAGUAUUUUGUUAAUACUUGCUGCUAAAUCUUUAAUUAGAAUUUGUCAUUCUAUGAUAAAAAGAAAAAAACUCUAUACUGCAAGGAGCAUUGAGUCCAUGCUGAUUUGUUUUUUUUUCUGAAGAAUUUUAACGAGAAAAAAUGGAAUGGAACAGUGCUGCACACUAAAGAAAAAUGUCUGAAAAACAAUCUGUGGUGGUUUUGUUGUAAAGACCAUGAGGCAGUUUGGAAGAAGACUUUUUGUAACAACAUUACAUGUACCUAGCAAGAUAUGAAACAUGAUAUUAUAGUUUUAAUCUUGUGUAAUUGUAGUUUUAAGAAGUCAACUAACACUGAGAAACAACAAAUUGAACUGGUAUGUCAUGUAUUUUGCUGUAUUUGAGUUGUGAGUAAAUUAAAUGUUUAUCUAUGAAGCAGUACAAAUUGCCAGGGUAUCAUUCAAACAUAAGUUUUGAAGAAACCUAUAAAUGAUUUCAUGAUUUUCCGCAGCUAAAUGACACAUUGCACAGCUACUUUACAGCAGUUAGUAAUGACUAGAGAAAUGUUUUGACCAUUACAGUUGUAAUGGAAUAUAUACAGGGUUUGACUUACAUCUGUAGAGGAAUGUGUACAGGAUUUGACUGUUACAUUUGUAGAGGAAUGCAAACAGGUUUUGACUGUUAAAUUAAUGACACCAGUUAAUGGACCUAUACCGUUAUUACAUCACAGUUUGUUUACCU